AUGUUCGCACAAGGCCUGAGCCUUUUAGCAGGUGAGCCACAACAGCAAAGUUCUCUGGAGUCAAUAAUAGAAAAGUGUGGAACAGAACUAUACAACUCUGGUUGUGACUUUGAGCCCAUUGAUCCAAACUCGACAAGUGUGAAGAUGGAAAUUGCAUGCCAAUUGUUAUCUUCAAGGUUGAUACAUUUGGGUGCUGAUCCAGAUAAAAUCUUGAACAAUGACCUGAAGGAGUUGAGUAACGUUAAUUGGAGCACCCUUGAUAAAAAGGAGAAGAAAAGGUUGAGCAGAACGAAUUCCAAAUAUUAUAUGAAUUUCCAUGACGUUGAACACGAUACAAAGAGCAAACACUUUGGAGAAGAGUGGCAUUACACUUUCAAAGAGUUGAGACGGAUGGAAUGGGUGAGAUUUAAAUUCAUUUCCAAUAGGGAUAGAUAUACCAUUUUUCCAGAGCCAAAAGUCUGAGUGCAUUAUAAAGCGUAAUGAAC